CCCAAAGUUUCACACUUGCUGCUUUUCAAGAAGUCUCGGAACGUAAGCAAAGAAAAGCCUACCGAUCCGGCGUCCUCUGGUCAAAGCCACGCCAGAGGGGCCGCGUAGCGGCCGAACCCGCGCGCCGGAAACCCCUGGAGGGGCGGGCCUCUGGCGAGCGCGCGCUUCCCGCCGGAGUGCGCAGGGCGCAGCAUCAGCCUCCCCCUCGGCACAGGGAGGCGCGUGCGCGCUCAGUGCGUGCGUGCGCCCGGCUAAAGGGGUGGGCGGGCCUGAGGAGAGCCUCGCAGGCUGGCCCCGCCCGCGCUGCCUGGGAGCCGGCACCCAGCGGCCGGUGGUUUAUUUGCCUCUGGGCGGUACCUCCGUGCCGUGCCUUACUGCGCAGCCCCGGCGUCUGCUCUCUCUCUCGGCCUCGUCAGCGCCUCAGUCGUGUUGUUGUGGCCGCCAUUGCAGUCAUGGAGGUUUUUCCGACAGCUGCGCCAUCCGCCUGGCAACAGCUCUGAUGCUUUAAUGAAAAUCUGGAAAAUAGGACAAAGCAAGAGAAAACAAAAGGAAAACCUCCUGAAGUUCCAUUAUCCAAACUGAAUCAACAUUAACAGAUUGGCUUAUUUUGGCUUAUUUCCAUAUGAAAUAUUACAUUUUCCUGUACUCAGGGAAUGCAGUGGUGUCCUUUGAAAGAAGAGGAUGCCAUUCCCCGUGUGAGGGCAAUGGAAGCUCAUGGGGGACGACCACCGGAUCCAGAGGGAGAGCAACCAGGAGAGGAUACCAGCGUGAGACAGCGGAGCGGUCGGCCUCCUGAUGUUGGCGGUGCUGAAUGUGUAGAUAACACAGAUGGCAAAUUGCUAAGACAACUGCAAGCUCAAGAAAAAGCCCAACAAGCAGCACAAAUAAAGCUUUUGAGAAAACUCCAAAAGCAGGAACAGGCUCACAUUGCCAAAGAAGCUAAAAAACAACAAGCAAUAAUGGCUGCUGAGGAGAAGCGACAGCAAAAAGAGCAGAUAAAGAUUAUGAAACAACAGGAAAGAAUUAAGAGAAUACAACAAAUCAGAAUGGAAAAAGAACUUCGAGCCCAGCAAAUUCUAGAGGAAAGAAUUAAGAGAAUACAACGAAUCAGAAUGGAAAAGGAACUUCGAGCCCAGCAAUCUGUAAUUGUCUACAUACAUGUUACUUACUGUAUUGUACCUUGCGAGGCAUGGAGCCCCAUUUUCAAGUGUAAGGUCAUAUUCAGGUUGUGGUGGUGCUGUUGCAUGACUUUGAGACCUAUUUUAUAUGCACAGGCUAAGAGGAUAAAGAAGGAAGAAGCUGCAAAAGCCAAAUUUUUGGAGGCUGAGAAACGAAAACAGGAAAAAGAACGGUCGAAGCAAGAAAAACGUGAUGAGAAACGAUUAAAGAAAGAGCUUAAACUAGAGCAACGAAGAUUAGAAUUAGAAAUUGCAAAAGAACUAAAGAAGCCUAAUGAAGACAUGUGCUUAGCAGACCAAAAGCCUUUGCCAGAGUUGCCUCGUAUUCCAGGACUUGUCCUCUCUGGAAGUACAUUUUCAAACUGUCUCAUUGUGGUGCAGUUCUUACGAGUCUUCGGUAAAGCUUUAGGCUUUAAUGGGAAUACUGAUGUUCCAGACCUGAGUAUUCUUCAAGAGGGAUUGCUGAAUCUAGGGGACAGCAUGGCUGAGGUACAAGACCUGCUUGUGAGGCUCCUGUCAGCUGCUGUGUGUGAUCCAGGUCUAAUUACAGGAUACAAGGCCGAAACAGCUCUUGGAGAACAUUUGCUGAAUGUUGGUAUGAAUCGAGACAAUGUUUCCGAGAUCUUGCAGAUCUUUAUGGAGGCCCGUUGUGGACAGACUGAGCUCACUGAAAGCCUGAGGACCAAGGCUUUUCAGGCCCACACUCCGGCCCAGAAAGCCUCGGCGCUGGCCUUCCUGAUCAGUGAGCUGGCGUGCAGCAGGAGGGUGGUGAGUGAAAUUGACAGGAACACUGAUUAUAUGUCAAACUUGAGGAGAGAUAAAUGGAUGGUAGAAGGUAAACUCCGCAAGCUCCGAAUCAUUUAUGCUAAGAAAGCAGGCAAGAGAGACACUUCAGGUGGCAUCGAUCUUGGAGAAGAGCAGCACGCGUCGGCCACCCCCACAGCAGGAUGCAAGCGAAGAAGGAAGGGCGGCGACAGUGACGCUGAUGGCAACGAGGAGGAGGAGGAGGAGGAAGACAAGGAAGACAGAAAAGGAAAGAAAACCGAUGUCUGUGAAGAUGAGGAUGAAGGUGACCAAGCAGCAAGUGUUGAAGAGCUAGAAAGACAGAUUGAAAAGCUGAGUAAACAACAGAGUCAGUACAGAAGGGAGCUCUUCGAUGCGUCUCACUCUUUACGUUCAGUGAUGUUUGGCCAGGAUCGUUACAGACGUCGGUAUUGGAUUUUUCCCCAGUGUGGGGGGAUUUUUGUAGAAGGCAUGGAGAGCGCUGCAGGGCUGAAAGAAAUGGCAAAAGAAAGAAAAAAACGAAAAAAAGCAGAAAGCAUCCAGACCAAAGAAAUAUUUGAUACUUCUGACGACACUUUAAAUUGUUCAAAUCCGGAUCAUUGUGAGCAAAAGGAAGAUCCUAACGAAAAAGAUAACAGAAAUCUAAUUCUUCAGAAUCCUGGCUCUUUUUCCAAACUAAGCAAGCUUUUAGAAGUAGCUAAGGUGCCUCCUGAGUCAGAUGUAACGACCCCCAAACCAAAGAGCGGUGCAGAUGGGUGCGCACUGCCUCACCAGAACCGUGGGAGACACUCACCGGGCAGCAUGCAGCCAACGGUGACACAGAACGGCGUGGAAGAGACAGACUCGAAUCUGGUCAGUACCGGUUCAGGUGGUGCAGGCAAGGUCUACAGUCCUCUCCCCAGGGACCAGUUGUUACUGCCAAGAACACCUUGGGAGGACACUUCCCUUACCCAAGCCGAUGCGCCAGCUGCUUCUUCACCAACUCCUCGGGCCCAGCCGCCCUCUAAGUCACCUGCAGCUCUUGAAGUAGCCAAACCAGUAGAUUAUCCUAGUCCAAAGCCUAUUCCAGAAGAAAUGCAGUUUGGCUGGUGGAGCAUUACUGACCCAGAGGAUUUAAAAGCUUUGCUCAAAGUGCUACAUCCCAGAGGCAUAAGAGAAAAGGCAUUACAAAAACAAAUUCAGAAACACCUGGAUUACAUCACUCAAGCCUGCAUCGAGAAUAAGGAUGGUGGGCACCUAAAAGAGAUUUAUUUCUGCUCUCUUGCUUAUUUAAGAGUACUUACUGCUCCUUUUGCAAGAGUCAGCUGCCUUGCUUAUUCACAAGUGAAUUUGUGUGUGUUAAAUGUACUUGUACGUGGUGCCCCUGGAAUUUCAUUCACAUUCUGGAAGAAAUCAUUGAGAGAUAAAGUGGAUUUUAAAAUAAAUUUCCUUUCAAAUAUAGUUACCAUUAUUGAAUUAAAUGAAAAUGAAGAAAACCCGGUAACUCGAGAUAUUGUGGAGAACUGGUCAGUAGAAGAACAAGCAAUGGAAGUGGAUUUGAGGAUUCUUCAACAGGUAGAAGAUCUGGAAAGGAGAGUCGCAUCAGCAAGUUUGCAAGUAAAGGGUUGGAUGUGUCCAGAACCGGCAUCAGAAAGGGAGGACUUGGUCUAUUUUGAACAUAAGUCAUUUUCUAACUUGUGCAAGGAGCACGAUGGAGAAUUUACUGACGAAGAAGAAAGCAGUGCGCAUGCACUAGAGCGGAAGAGCGACAACCCCCUAGAUAUAGCUGUAAGCAGGCUGUCUGAGUUGGAGCGAAACAUUGAAAGGAGGUAUCUGAAGAGCCCCUUAAGUACCACCGUUCAGAUCAAACUGGAUAAUGUGGGCACAGUUACUGGCCCUGCUCCUGCACCAUCCACUAGUGGUGAUGAUGACGGAAUUGAAGAGGAUAUUGUUCCCGGUCUCAGGGUGUGGCGAUGGGCAUUAUCAGAAGCUCGCAGUGCUGCCCAGGUGGCUCUGUGCAUUCAGCAGUUACAGAAAUCCAUAGCAUGGGAAAAAUCCAUUAUGAAAGCUGCAAGUUCACUGAAAAGGGGCCGCAAAAACAGAAAAAGGAAAAUAGAGGAAAACACCUGCGGUACUGGAGUAAAACAAGAACGCUGUACUCGUGGAAAGAAACUGAAACAGGACAACUCUGACCCGACUCUUGGCAGCCUUACUAAAAUGCAAACUCGUCUCAAUAAAGACAUGAAAAAAAGAAAAAUAGAAGAAAACACCUUCACUAACUUACCAAACCAGGAAAGCUUUAAUUCUGUAAAGAAAAGGAAGCAAGACCACUCUGACCUGACUCUUUCCAGGUAUAAUUUUUGUUCCCCUGUCCUAUAUAUUCAUAACAUCCCAUUGUAUUUGUUUAGAAACCUUCCACCAUACUAAAAGUGACUUUAUGACCGUUUGUGUAAAUAGGAAUUUUCCUAUGUAAAGUCCACUCUGUACUAUAAGUGAAUUCUUUCAUGUGUUUUUAUGAAUUAAUUUGCAUUGUCUUUACUUGGAAGAGAAUGAAAGCUCAUCUUUUCCUAAAGGUAGAUAACUAAAGCAUGGAUAGUGAUUUCAAACAUUACUUUCUCUUGUACCCUUACUGAAAUGGACAGUCAUGAAGAUGCACGGCCUUUUGUAGAACUGCCGGAGUGCAGCACACGGAGUCGUCUGCGUUUCCGCCUCAGGGAUGGAAGACACGUUUUUAUUAAAAGUGCGUAAGCAGCUUUAUAAUAACAUGUCUGGUAUCUGGGGGUCUCAUCAACAAGAAAUAAAGUGGUUAAACACACACACAGAGCAGUCUUUCAAGAAUGAUCAUUUUCUUUUAAACAAAUACAAUAUCCCUGAAAAAAGGAAAGCGUGGUGUGCAUAUUGGCUACUUUGGGCUGGUGUUUUCAUCACUGGUGGUACAUACUCAGCAGGAGCAGCUGGGCAGGAAGUAGUGGGCAUGGUAUGAAAAUGGCAGUUGGUCCAGUACUAAUUGUCACUGUACGUGUGGGUAUCAUUUGUUCUGUGACUGACUUGCACUCGAGGUGCCCUAGGGUGAGUGUAUCCUCAAGCCCCUGGCACGGUUCUCCUCAAAUAACCAAAGUCCUCCUAAGCCUCUGCUGCCACCCAACUACAGGUAUCCACAGCAUACUUUCAUUCGGAUGCACGAGGCCUUCGCCGUAACCGUCAUCAUUUCUGUCCUGGUUGCUCUGUAGAUUAUAGAUCC